CGCCCGGCCUGAGAGUGCAAGCACCAUACCCAGCCGCUCAAUCUCCGUUUGCCCUCCGACAGACAUCUCGCUAUCGCUACCGACUGCCCGCGGCCUAGCCACCUACCGACGAAACCCCUCUUCCAGACAACCGCUCCCUCGAUAACGGCCGCAGACACAACACACCAAGACAGAGCCACCUCCCUAGCCCGGGCCACACUGCCAUCAUGUCAUCGCGAAAGAAGGUCCUACUCAAGGUCAUCAUCCUAGGCGACAGCGGUGUCGGCAAGACGAGCUUGAUGAACCAAUAUGUAAACAAGAAGUUCAGCGCGAGCUACAAGGCGACCAUCGGAGCCGACUUCCUUACCAGAGAAGUCCUCGUGGACGACCGCCAAGUCACUAUGCAGCUGUGGGACACGGCAGGACAGGAGCGGUUCCAAUCACUAGGAGUCGCCUUCUAUCGGGGCGCGGACUGCUGUGUGCUCGUCUACGAUGUCAACAACUCCAAGAGCUUUGAUGCCCUCGACAGCUGGCGCGACGAGUUCCUCAUCCAGGCCUCGCCCAGGGACCCGGACAACUUCCCCUUCGUCGUGCUGGGCAACAAAAUCGAUGUUGAGGAGAGCAAACGAGUGAUUUCGACCAAGAGGGCUAUGACCUUCUGUCAGUCCAAGGGAGGCAUCCCCUAUUUCGAGACCAGCGCAAAGGAGGCAGUCAACGUGGAGCAAGCUUUCGAGGUCAUUGCCAGGAAUGCCCUUGCUCAGGAGGAGUCGGAGGAGUUCAGUGGCGACUUCCAGGACCCGAUAAACAUUCACAUUGACAACGACAGGGACGGAUGUGCAUGCUAAACAAUGACUGAGGUGUCAUCCCUCGACCGAAGUCGGCUUGCUGCCUGGUCUCGUGCCACACCUGAAGGGGCUUUUUUUUCUGGCAGACACAUUGCCAGCCGGAUCAACGCGGAUUGUCAUUGGCAGUGUCUGAUGUAUCAACAUAACAACUGUACUGGACCGCCGUUUUCGCUAUCCAUCUCUCUUGUUCGACCUUCCCUUUGCCAUCACGUGUAGAGGUCACUCGAUGCUCUUGGCUUCCUUUUCAGUUUUGGUAGGAUCUUAUCUUGUUAUCAUUUGCUGCACGGUAUUUUACUGGGGACCGAGUUCCAUCCCAUCCACUGUCUGUCAUUCGUAAUGCGCUCUGAUUUCUCAUGUCUAUCGUUAUAUAGAGCUGUUACGCUGGAUCACAUUUUGAGGCUUUUAGUUUUCAAUCCUUACGCGGUUAACAUGCUCUUAUGAAACCGCUUCUCUUCAUCCGACGCUCUUGUCUUGGGUAGUGUGGAGAAAUGGCUAGUGAUAGCCCACGUACUGCCUACUAUAUUGUCGAUUCCACAUCAUUCGUUGGCGGUGA